CCUCCCACAGCGCUGGGACUACAGGCGUGAGCCACCACGCCCGGCCGCUUUUUACAGUUUUUUUAUUUUUAUUUUUAUUUUUUUGGCCAGGGCUGGGUUUGAACCCACCACCUCUGGUAUAUGGGGCCAGCGCCCUACUCCUUUGAGCCACAGGCGCCGCCCUAUUUAUUUUUUUGAGACAGUCUCAAGCUGUCGCCCUGGGUAGCAUGUCAUGGCAUCACAGCUCACAGCAACCUUCAACUCUUGAGCCUAAGUGAUUCUCCUGCCUCAGCCUCCCAAGUAGCUGGGACUAUAGGUGCUCCUUACAACGCCUGGCUGUUUUUCUGUUGCAUUUGUCAUUGUUGCUUUAGCUGGCCCAGGCUGGAUACAAACCCACAAGCCUCGGUAUUUGUGGCUGGUGCCAUGCUCUCUGAGCUUUGGGGGCCACCACUGUUUGAGACAUUUAUUUUUUUGAGACAGGAUUCGUCUCUGUAGCCCAGGCUGGAGUGCAGUGGCAUCAUAGCUCACUGUACCAAACUCCUGGGCUCCUAUAGUCUUACCCCAUCAGCCUCCUAAGUAGCUGGGAAUAUAGGCACACGUUACUGUAUCUGGAUAAUUUUCCCUUUUUUUUUUUUUAUUUGAGACAAUCUCACUGUGUCGCCCUGGGUAGAGUGCAGUGGUGUCAUAGCUCACAGCAACAUCCAACUCUUGGGCUCAAGGGAUGCUCCUGCCUCAAACCUUCCAAGUAGCUGGGACUACAGGACCUGUUCCAACAAUUAUUUAAAACAUGGUGGAUUACUAUGAUGUUUUAGGCGUGCAGAGACAUGCUUCAGCCGAGGAUAUUAAAAAGGCGUACCGAAAACUGGCACUAAAGUGGCACCCAGAUAAAAACCCUGAGAAUAAAGAAGAAGCAGAGAGAAAAUUCAAACAAGUAGCUGAGGCGUAUGAGGUGUUGUCAGAUCCUAAAAAGCGGGACAUCUAUGACAAAUAUGGCAAAGAAGGAUUAAAUGGUGGAGGAGGUGGAAGUCAUUUUGACAAUCCAUUUGAUUAUGGCUUCACAUUCCGUAAGCCCGAGGAUGUCUUCAGGGAAUUUUUUGGUGGAAGAGACCCCUUUAGAUUUGACUUCUUUGAAGACCCAUUUGAGGACUUUAUUGGGAAUCAGAGGGGUCUCCGAGGAAGCAGAACCCGAGGAACAGGGUCGUUUUUCUCUGGCUUCAGUGGAUUUCCACCUUUUGGAAGUGGAUUUUCUUCUUUUAAUACAGGAUUUUCUGUGGGAUUUCCUGCAGGAUUUUCUUCAUUUGGGUCGCUAGAUCACGGAGGUCUGACUUCAUUCUCUUCCACAUCAUUUGGUGGUAGUGGGAUGGGCAACUUCAAGUCUGUAUCGACUUCUACAAAAAUAGUUAAUGGCAGAAAGAUCACUACAAAGAGAAUCGUGGAGAAUGGUCAAGAAAGAGUGGAAGUUGAGGAAGACGGGCAGCUCAAGUCCCUGACAAUAAAUGGUGUGGCAGACGAGAACGCCCUGGCCGAGGAGCGCAUGCGGAGAGGACAGAGCGCCCUGCCCGCGCAGCCCACCAGCACCCGCUCGCUGAAGCCGCCGAAACCGGCCUCCGUGCGAAACGCACCCCACCACGCUUCUGAGGACAGCGAGCAGGGGCGCCAGCACACCCCCGGGCCCUGGGAGGCCACCACGUCUGCAGCAGGGGUCAAGGAAGGUGGCAAGAGGAAGAAGCAGAAGCAGAAAGAGGAGACGAAGAAGAAGAAGUCGGCCAAGGGCAACCGCUAGCUGGACUGGCCGGCACGCACACACGGCACUCGGCCCCGCGUGGCUGUGCACACCUGUAGGUAGCAGCAUUUACAAGGCCACACUCUUUAAUCAGGAUUAAUAGGAUUUUGGACACAUGUUACACACUGGUCAGGGCGGGACGUCAGGAGAUGGAGUUGAUGAGAUGGGCGGCGGCAAUGGAAGUUUGGGACGUUGGGACGCAGCCUCGACUUCCUAACCAUGUUCUGCUCAGCGCUAACGCCGCCUGUGUUUUCCUCCUGAGCUGUCACCAGCACCCUGCUGUGACCGGUUUAGCUUUAGAAGUACAGUAAGGGCCCGGCAGGUAACAGAUGCUUGCGCUGACUUCUUUCCUGCUGGCGGUGGUGUUUUGCGCUGGGAAUGUACUUAGGGCGAUGCGGAUGCGUUGAGCCGUCAGGGCGCUUCCAGCCUCCGCAGGGCAAGCUGCCAAGAAUUGCUUCAGAUGUGAAAUCAUUUCUUAUAUUUAUUGUUAUAGUUUUAUCCUCUCCAGGUAACCCAAAUUUAACUUCAAAUAUUGUUCAGUUUUGCUGAAUUUCAUCCUUUUUUCUUGACUCACAAUUGUUCUUUUUAGCAAAAAAUUCUUCGCUAAGCAAAACCGCGUAGCUUCGGUAGGUGAGGGUAACCCUAGGGAGCCCCAGGCUGCUGCUCACACAACAUGUGAAAGUAAUCCUACCUUGAGCAAGAAGGCUGAACUAAGUAUUUCAGCUCACCAACGUCACCUCCUUAAAAAAUAAUUACUUUAUUGUGGGUAGAUUCUGUCCUGCUUCCGGGAUUAUCCCAUUUGCAGGACUCGAGGCUUCCUCUUCUGUCCCUGUGAGCGCUGGGUGGGAUCUCACUGCCUUCUUUUCCCCGCAUGCUCCCUUGGUGACUUUUUUCUUCCUUUUUACCUAAGGAUCCGUCGUUCAUGUUGCUUUUCCCUUGUCCUCUUAGAAGUGACUGAAAAUGCCACAGUUUUAAUCUAGACAGUCCAUGUAGUGAUGCCACAGGCUGGAAGCCAGAAACCAGCAUAGUCCAUGGUCCUGAGGUGACGUUUGCAGGAGAGUUUACAGUGCGUGUGUUUGUUUUAGUGGGGAGGGUACAGGUGUUGAGGCAGAGAGUGGACUGUUAUUUGAUGGUUUUUGUGGAAAAUGUAACCCUAAAUGCAUUAUGUACUUUUAAGUGCUACCUACAUAAAUAAAUGAAAUGUUACUGAGGACAGCUCACUCGCCUUCAUUUGUAAGUAUCAGUAAGUUGCACUGUUAAAAAUAAAAGCAA